CGGCUGUGAAUCGAAGAGCGGCUCGGGCCAAGAUGAGUGGCAUGGAGCAGGUUCAGGAAGAGGUACAUGCAGAGGCCGAUUUUGAACACGGCGAUGGCAUCAUGAGUGAAGAAGCACAGGUUCAAGAAAUCAUCAAUGGUUUUCCGGCCAGCCCGGAGGUGAAUGGGUCGAACGUGUCAAACGGAUCGAGGCCAGGCGCAAGGAGGUACUCGCGGGCGGAGCUCAUGGAGCUUCGAGAGCUGCCAGUCUCCAAUGUAAAACCUGCCGACUUUGACCCUUUGAUUGACAAGGACAAUGGUCUGCUUGCUUUGCGGAAGAGUGACAAGGAGGAUCAUGUGGAAGAAGAGCGGCGGCCGCGACGCAGAGACAGAGGCCGCAGGUACGACGAAGAACAGGAUUGGGGGGGCCCAUGGCGCCGCUAUGAGCGGGAUUCCAGGCAGCGAGAUUCCAGGUGGGCAGCAGGCGAGUGGACUGCGCAGGAGGAAAGUUGGCAAGAAGAGCCACAGUGGGACAUGCCAGACAGCGCGGCCGGCCUUGAGGGAAGCCUGCAGGACUGCACACUUGGGGACAUCCGCAAGUACGGCGCGCCGCAAACGCAUGGCGACUUUGGAACCAUUCCAGAGGUUCAGAACCUGUUCACGUUCAACGAAGGGGUGCGAGAGGAAGACAGGGCCAAAUCCGUAGGUUGGUGCAAGUGGUUCGGGAAUUCAAAGGGCGCGGAGGCAAAGGCCGAAGCCGAUCUGCCACUUCCUGUGGUCACAGCACCGGCACCCGUCGCGCCCGCGCCUGCUCCAAAGUUGGCAGCGCCGGGCAGGUCUGACAAGACGAGGCUGGAAGGGGAGGAUCUCGUUCAGAGAAGCUCAAAGCAGUCGCCAUCAGCACAACCGGCGAGACCAGGUGUCGUGGGCAACUCUGUGAGAGGAUACGGAGACAAGAAAGUAGUUGAGACGCACGUGAAAUCCCGGCAGCAUGCAUCUGCAAGACCUGCCUACCCAAGCAGUGAGCAGGCUGCGCCAGUGAAUCAUACCGGCAGCAAUUCAGCAGGGAGAUCGAUUUUGUCCAUGCUGGGGAGGCAAAAUGCUCCAGAGCCGCAACAAGGCAAGUUGAGCGUGGCCGACUUGUUCCAGAUUGCGAAAGGGCAGCAGCUGCCUCCCAUCCCAGCCAUGUCUAGCGCGCACGCAGGUGCGCCUGGAGGUGGGAAGGAUGACGAGGCGCGCAAGGUGGCGCGAGCGCUUUGGGAAGCGGCGCAUGUGGGCAACGAAAGACCGGAGAGGCCGACACCGAGCUAUCCGGUGCCCAGCAGAGAAUGGCAUGACCCGUAUGCACAGGCCAUGAAUCUUGGCCGCGCAACUGCAGGGUAUCAAGCUCCGACUCCUUCCUAUGCCACCAGGUGUGGAACCGAUGAGCGCGAGAGGGCUCGAGAGGUGGGUGAACGCUCUGCGACCCUCACGGCCCAAGCGAAGGCAUCCCUUGGUGUGUAUAGUGCAGCCCAAGGCCUCACGAGAGACACUCCGGCUCAAAACUUUCCGGCUGGUUUGGAUGGGAGUGCCAAUGGACAGGAAGAGGAUGCCGGUUGCUCACAGAGUUGAGCUCGUGGCAAACGCUCAGGGUCUUUUCCACGCUCUCUGAGCCGAUUUUGUGUUUCACGGAGCCUGCGGGUUCGUAGCUAGGUGACUGAUGGCCUUCGCCGCAUCCGAAUUUUAAUGGCGGUGCCGGUGGCAAUUCCAGGGCGCGUCAAUGUAUCCUUCCAGAUUCCGCCGGGCCAACACAGGCCUUGAGCGUUGGUUUCGGACUGAGCCAUGUGCAGAUUGUCUGACUGGCAGGGCACGUGACUCAAA